UUUUGUAAUGAGGACAUCAAUUCCAGAUUGUCUUGAGAUACCAAAGACUCUUCGCGUUCAACAUGUUUCUGAAGACGACUUAUUGCUCAUGCAUAAGAUCAAUUGUUUGUCUUAACAUGCCUAGUUUCCCUGGUGGACUAGACCCUUGGGGCAAACCAAAUUUUAGGAGAAAAAAAGAGAGAAACUUUACAUCAUCUUUUGUGGAUGAUGGACUUCUUGAGAUUAUAGGAUUUAGAGAUUCAUGGCAUGCGGAAAAGUUUCUUCCUUUGAAUUGCCAUGGGACUCGUCUUGCACAGGCACACCAAAUUCGCUUUGAGACUCACAAAGGGAUAACUAAGCAUAUUUACAUGAAUUUUGAUGGGACAAGAUGGAAACAACCUAUCCUUAUUGAUGAUAACAACUACUUGAUUGAAAUCUCUUAUUCAUGUAAAACCAAAAUGCUUGCAAUGCUUCAGAAAGCAAACACAAAGCUAAGUCCUACUCUAAUUGAAUCUUCUCAACAAGGUUGA